AUGGAUGUUGGUAGAGAGAGUUCAAUUCCACAAAUAAGACAUUUCCAGAUUGAGGGGUCUUGGAUUCCAGCAACUCCAGUGAAGAAGCCCAGUACAGAAGAACCGCAGCCGAUCUGCACAGACAGGCAUGAAAAUCAGCCAAAUUGGUUGGAAAAACAGAGAUUUUCACUAGAGAAUCAGCAAGGACAAGCAGGUUGGAGACGAUUAGAGAGAUUUUCAAAUGGGUUUUCGCCAGAAACUGAAACUCGUGAAGUAGCUGCAUGUUGUGAUUCGACAAAUUUCAUAGAAUUUAACGGGGGUUUAGACUACAGGGAGGCAGCUUUGGACGCAAAAACCCGAAUUUAUGGAGAUAAUGUGAACAUAUGCAAUAAGUUUUUCAUGAACUCUGUGGACCAAUAUAAUGAUUUGCGUUUUGGAGAUCUAUUGGCCCUCGCAGAUGGCAAAGCAACUGCAGGGAUCAAGGUUAAUACAACAAGUAGUUCACUGAUUUCUAAUUUCAAUUCUCAGAUUGAAGAUAACCAGUUCAAGGCAGGCACAGCAAAUCCAAUUCUCGGAAAUGAAAGUCUUUCAGGUGGAUCAAACUUUCCUCUUUACAGUGAUGGCGCAAACAUAAAGUACCAUGGGGGCUCUGUUCCUUCCCAACCAUCCUGCCAUCUUAAUUCGCCACCUAGGACAGCGGCAGAUGCAGUUAUGAGCAGAAACAUCUCCUCCCAGUUUGCACCCAUAACACCAGACCAGGCCAAGAGGCAAAAGGUUGAAGUGGAUGAGCUCCACCAGGAGAAAGAACAAUCACAGCUGCUUGACGAUCAGUUAUGUGCCGCUGUUUCCACACAGUUGCAGGAUAAUCACAACCCUGACAAGGGAGGGGACGAGGCUGACGUGUGCAAAACACCACAACAGAAACCAAGAAAAAUAAAACACAGGCCCAAAGUGGUUAAAGAAGGCCAGCCUAAAAGGACUUACAAACGAAGGACUACAAAGCCUGCUGGCACUGCAGAAACUCCAAAAAAGUCAAAAAGGAAGUACGUUCGAAAAAACUCCACAGCCACUGGCUCAGCAGAGGUAACCAGUGGAACUACCAGCACAAAGACGGUUGGUUGCAAAAGAAAAUCCUGCCGGAGGGCCUUGAAUUAUGAUGUUGAAUGCCAAGUGCAAGAUGAAAGCUCCUCAUGCAGGCCAUCUUCCAAUGUUAACUCAGAGUCACAUGCACAAAACUUCUGUAGCAGGGAUCAAUCAAGAUCACUUGAGCAACUCACACAGCGGGUGGAAGUAACCGUAGAAAAGACACAAAUGGACAUUGCUCAUAACCUCCCAUGCUCCAUGGAGGAAGUAAUUGACAGUUACCUAUCAAUGCCUGGAAGACAAGCUUCAAUCCCUUCGACUCCUGCCAAGGCUGAUCUACCACCAAAUGAAUUUAUGGUUAACACUCAAAGUGAAUGUUCAAGAGGAAAAUGUAGAAUAGUAUUCUCUGAUGAAACCCAUGAUAAAGAGGCAAGUACUGUAGAAAUAGUUACAAGUUUCAAUGCUCAAUCAGCACCAAGAAGCCCAAAUGAUUCCUACUGCAGCAGCAGCACAUGUUUGAUGAAUGGAAAACAAACAAGGGGAUUAAAAAGAGAGCAUUCAUGUACAACUGAUGAAGCGUACAAUUCUUUGCAGCCAUACGUAGCGCUGCUCCCAGUAAGGGAAUAUAGCAAUGCCAGAAUGUCCUUUCCAUCAAUUUACAAGGAAAAGAGAACUGAGAAAGCACAAGAUUCAGCCACAUCCAGCAGAUCAUCAACUGUGACUGCUACAGCAAAUCUUGUGCAACAAUCACCAAUAUGCCCUCCAAAUGAUAGCUGUGCAAAUCCUUAUACAUCUCAUAUUGAUUGCACAAUUUCAGAUCCUCAGUUCGAUGAAAGUGGUGCCCCGACUGCGACAGCAAGUAGUGGUCAGGGUAAACAGCACACUUUCGAAUUCAUGCUAGCUUUGGGCCACACAAAGAGGUUGAGAAAGAAGAUAUCUAAAGGCUCUAAUCGGGUGCAAGAAAUUUAUGAGCAGUUGCCAAGUUCUCCUACCCCAGGAGUUGGAUAUUUAAACCAACCCCACCCAUGCAUGGAAGCCGUAGUUGCAGAAAACCAUGCAACAACAGCAAAGAAACGGACAAAGAGAAAUUUAAGUGCCAGUUCAGUGCCUCCUAAUAUGUAUACUGAUGGCCAAAUUGUGACUAUGUCAAUGGGUCCUCGAGUUAUGAUUUGGGAAGCCCUAUAUUCUCUGGAUGUAAUUGCUGAGCUGUUUAGGCAUCUCAAUAUUAAUGCAGAGAGCAACCAAGUAACUUGUCAAGAGGAAAAUGCACUUUUUCCUAAUGGUAUGAGGUACCAGGGGCAAAAUGCACUUGUUCUCUAUCAAAGAGAUGGAACAGUUGGGCCUUUUGAGGGCUCAUUUGAUCUAGUCAAAAAACGACGACCAAGGGCUAAAGUUGACCUCGAUGAUGAGACAAAUAGAGUAUGGAAGCUUUUGUUGGAAGAUAUAAACAGCAAGGGCAUUGAUGGAACGAAUGAGGAGAAGGAAAAAUGGUGGGAAGAAGAACGAAGAGUGUUCCAUGGAAGGGCAGACUCAUUUAUCGCGCGCAUGCAUCUCGUCCAAGGAGAUAGACGCUUCUCUCAGUGGAAGGGAUCAGUUGUAGACUCUGUAGUCGGAGUUUUCCUCACUCAGAAUGUCUCAGACCAUCUUUCUAGUUCUGCCUACAUGUCUCUUGCUGCACGAUUUCCCCUUUUGUCAAAGAGGAACCAUGGAUCACCUCAGGAAGAGAGAACAGAUCUACUGACAGAAGAACCGGGAGUAUGUGUAAUAGAUCCUGAUGAUACCAUUCAAUUGUACGAGCAGCAGUCCAAUCAGACAGUCAGUGAUCAGGGUUCUACGAUGCUCCAGACUGUGAAAAAUAAUGGAGAAAAAGACAGCAAUGCAUCCUCUAGAAGCAGCACCAUUGGCAUUACGUCAGCUGAUACUUCAGAGAUCCAAUUUUUAGAUUCUUCUAAAAAUAGUCCAGAUAUGAACCCCAAUUCUGCAGCAUAUAAAUCAGGCACUCAGAUUUCAAGAACAGUGGCAAUUUGUACUGGAGGUCAAAGAGAAAUGGAUGAUUUAUUUUCUUCUCAGAAUUAUGUUGCUUCCUCUCCAAAAUCUCUGGACUCUUCAAUUGCUCAAACUGAUGAAAGAAUAGGAUCAUGUUUACAGAGCAGUUCAGAAGGAGAACUAACAGCUGGAUCUAUACCCAGCAGUUUUGGGAGCUCCACUUCUUUUGUAAAACUAUUACAGAUGGCAGGAACCUUGCCACAAGAAGUUUACAAUCAGGCAAGUGGAAACAUACUGUUCAAGUAUGGGAACAACCAAUCAGAAGGUAUGGCAAGUGACCCACAAGGGCAGAACAAUGACAGAUCAGACAGUGGCAAAACCACCUCAAGGCUGACCAUACCUUCAAGUGCUAAUAGUUUGCACCAUAUCCCCGAUCCAGGAGCACAGAGGGUUGAAUGCUUCUCCAUGCUGGGAGAUGAAACCAGAUUUUCUGGUAUAAUGAAGAAAAGAGAAGAAAAUUGUACCAGCCAACAAAGUGGAUUCUCAGAAGAAUUUUCCAUUCAAGCUACAGUUCAGAGGAUCAGGACUGUGUGUUCUCAAAAAGCACCUAAAUCCUUCAGUGAAAUUGAUCGCCCAAGCAGCAACCUUCAGAUUGAGGUGAAUAAAUUCUUCCAGUCUCAAAAGACAGUUGAAGGUCCAAACGACAAUGUUGGAUCACAGCAUCAAGAGAAUAACCGUAAAAUGCAACAAGUUCUAGAUGCUCCAAACUUCUCAGGAGAGACCUUGGAUGUCAGUGAAAGCACCAGCAUCAUUGAUGAUGGUUCAAGAAAAAUGGUGCACAAAGCAGCCGAGUCAAAUAGUUGUCGUCUUGGUAGGACAGUUGAUUGCAUGAAUACUGAUUCUUCUAAUGCAAAAAGGGGAAGACCUACAAAACAUACACAAACUGCAGUUGACUGGGAUAGCUUAAGAAGACAAGUGCAAGCCAAUGAUAAGAAAAGAGAACGAACAGCCAAUACAUUGGACUCAUUGGACUGGGAAGCAAUAAGGUGUGCAGAUGUUAGCGAGAUUGCCCAGACCAUCAAAGAAAGGGGAAUGAACAAUGUGCUUGCAGAGAGAAUCAAGGAUUUCCUUGACCGGCUCGUCAGAGAACAUGGAAGCAUUGAUCUGGAAUGGCUAAGGGAUGUUCCACCUGACAAAGCAAAAGAGUAUCUAUUGAGCAUAAGAGGCUUGGGUUUGAAGAGUGUAGAGUGUGUGCGGCUUUUGACUCUUCACCAUCUUGCCUUCCCAGUUGACACGAAUGUUGGGCGCAUAGCUGUAAGACUAGGAUGGGUACCUCUUCAGCCACUGCCUGAGUCUCUCCAACUGCAUCUCCUAGAACUUGCACGGCUGUCCCUGCCAGCACCGGAGGAGAAAAGCAUACUGACUGCAACUGAUAGCAGAGCAGCUGAUGGAAAUCCCAUGGGGAUUAUCAAUCCAAUACAGCUCCUUCUGCCUCAGGCUAAUCAACAAUCAGAAGCGCAGUCUGAAGCCAGCAACUGCAAUCCCAUUGUUGAAGUACCAGCCUCGCCAGAGCCUAUUGUUGAAGUACCUGCAACGCCAGAGCAAGAACAGACACAAAUACUGGGAAGUGACAUUGAGGAUAACUUCUGUGAAGAUCCUAAUGAAAUUCCUACCAUCAAACUUAACUUUGAGGAGUUCACUCAAAAUUUGCAGACUUACAUGCGAAAUAAAAUGGAACUGCAAGAGGGAGUUAUGUCAAAAGCCUUGGUAGCUUUAACUCCAGAAGCUGCUUCAAUUCCUAUGCCUAAACUUAAAAAUGUCAGCCGGCUAAGAACAGAGCACCAAGUCUAUGAGCUUCCAGAUUCACAUCCACUAUUG